AUGGACUUUACCAGCAAAAUUCCUGUUGAAAUAUUUCAUCAUAUAUUUUCGUUUUUGGAUGGAGAUGAAAUUUUUCCUUGUCUUGGCGUUUGUAAAAGAUGGAGGCAAAUCAUAAACAUUGAUAGUAUUUGGAGGCCACUUUGUUUGAAAGUUCGAAUUUUUGAUCCUUUUCCAUGUUCAGCAGAUGUUCUACCACUGUGCUCCUGGGCAAAAGCAUAUUAUCUUUGCCGAUGUGUGCCCAUGUUCAAUUGGCGUUUUGGUAUUUUCCAGUCAUUAAGCAUUCAAAGAGAAGAAAGCGAGUAUUUUCGGGAUGCUUGGGAUGGCCAUUAUGCUGCUAUAUACUAUUAUACAUUGGGAACUAUAAAUUUAUACAGCAUUUAUGGAAAAGUUCAGCUAACCCAAAUAAUUAAGGUUCCCUUACCAAAAAAGGAAUCUUACGACAAUGCUUCCUUAUCAAUGAAUGAUCCGUAUAUUGUUGCUGCACGAUGUAAUGUGGCAGUUGUUUUUAAGAGGAAUUCUAUGUAUUCUUUGUUUAAAAUCAUUAGCGUUACUGACACUUUUGUUUUUGGUAAUUUUUUAAAAAACCGUAAUGUAAAGCUUGGUUCAGAAAUUGCUUGGGGAUGCCUUUGGAUGAAAGCUGAUACUGUUAAAGAUACAUUUUUAGUUGAUCUUAAGAAUGACAAAUCUCAAUUUAUUCCUGGAAAACCACAUUUUGCUUUCAAUGAUGAUAUUAAAUUAGUGGUGGCAUGGACGAAAUCCUCUGUAAAAGUUUUAAAUACCAGAGGUAAUGUCCAAUUAUCAUUAGAACGGAAUAAAAUCCGAGGUCUUGAUUUUGACUCUAAAUAUCUUGUAUUGAAGGUAGAAGAUGAUAUUGAGAUUAUUAACAUAAAAACAGGCGAUAAUAUAACAGUGAUAACUAAUCCAGAUAAAGGAAAAAUUGAAUUUGAAUUAUCAAAUGUUCUCUUUUUCUUAGAGGGGAAAAAGAAUAGUGCAUUAAGUGCUAUUUCUCCAGUCGAUGGAAAAAAACUAUGGUCAAUUGAAGGCCUUAAAGGAAGACCUUCUGAUCUGAGAAUGAUUGGCUCUAAAUAUAUUUUUGUAGUUCCUUCAUAUUCUAACUAUAAUUAUUGUCUUUUUGAUCGUAAGGGAAAAUUUAUCAGAGAGAGCGACUUGCCAGAUGGCUAUGAUGAAUACCCUAGUCCACUAUUUGGAGAAACGUUACCAUUCCUUGUAAUUACAAAUGAAGAAAAUUUUAAUAUUGUUUCUUUCAUGUAG